CCCUUGGAAGUUAUACAGCAUGGCUGACGCUCUGAAAGCUGAAGGCAACAAGGCCUUCUCCGCAAAGGACUAUGCUACUGCGGUGUAUGUAUCUUUCUCCCCCGGUUUACCCCGCUUGCAAAAACGUCUGGGAGGAUCUCAGCCAUGGACCGCAGCUGAUUGGCCUAUAGUGAGAAGUUCACCCAAGCUAUCGAAAUCGAGCCCUCAAACCACAUUCUCUACUCCAACCGCUCGGCUGUCUACUCCGCGCAAUCCCAAUACGAGAAGGCUCUCGAGGAUGCCAACAAGGCUACGGAUCUCAAGGCGGACUGGUCGAAGGGAUGGCUCCGCAAGGGUGCCGCUUACCGUGGUCUAGGCGACCUC